AGCUGCGGGCGGCGGCGGGAAGCGUUUCCGGGUUGCCGGUUCCCAGCGGGGCGCGGAGGAAAUGAGCUCAGCCGGGGGCCGCGGCGGUGCCGGACCGGGCCCCGCGAACAAGCGAGCUGCCGGCCCCGCGCUGCGGACCCUGGCGCCGGGGCAGGCGGAGGCCUCUCCCCGGCCCUGCAGCCGCCCGCCGGUGUGUGAGGCCUCGCUGCUGCACUGCACCCCACCGCGCUCCCUCCGCCCCGGCAGCAGGGACCUGUCCCGUGUCAGGGCCUGUCCCACCGCCACAGCCACGGCUGCCGGGAAGCCCGGAGGCCCGUGGGGUAUCAAUCUGGUCUGUUGGUUAUGACCACUUUCGCCUUGCCGUCCUCGUCUGGUGACUUGUGACUCUUCACCAAUCACGGCGGAAUCCAUCAAGCCCACGCUCUGCAGGGUUGUCAUCUACCUACAGAAGGAGAUGUCAGGAGACACGUGCCUAACCACCACCCUUUGUCCAGCUGCAGGGCCCAAGCCCAAAACUUGCAGCUUCAAAGGGGGCAGCCUUGGUAACAAGUACGUGCGACUAAAUGUUGGAGGCUCUUUAUAUUACACGACAGUGCAAGUACUGACCAGGCACGACACAAUGCUUAAGGCCAUGUUCAGCGGCAGAAUGGAAGUGCUCACAGACAAGGAAGGCUGGAUCCUUAUAGACCGCUGUGGAAAGCACUUCGGAACAAUUUUAAACUAUCUCCGAGAUGACACGAUUGCACUUCCAAAACACAGACAGGAGAUCAAAGAGUUGAUGGCAGAAGCCAAAUAUUAUCUCAUUCAGGGCCUAGUGGACAUGUGCCAAGCAGCCCUGCAGGACAAGAAAGACUUGUAUGAACCUGUCUGUAGCAUCCCUAUUAUCACAUCUCCAAAAGAAGAAGAGAGGCUGAUAGAAUCAUCAAUGAAACCUGUUGUUAAGCUGCUUUAUAAUAGAAGCAACAACAAAUACUCCUACACGAGUAACUCAGAUGACAACUUACUGAAGAACAUAGAACUGUUUGACAAACUCUCUCUCCGAUUCAACGGCAGAGUUCUUUUCAUUAAGGAUGUUAUAGGGGAUGAAAUCUGCUGCUGGUCUUUCUAUGGGCAGGGUCGGAAACUUGCUGAAGUCUGUUGUACCUCUAUAGUGUAUGCUACAGAGAAGAAGCAAACCAAGGUUGAAUUCCCUGAGGCACGAAUUUAUGAGGAAACACUAAAUGUCUUACUAUAUGAAACACCACGGGUUCCUGAUAACUCUCUGCUGGAAGCAACAAGCAGAAGCCGAAGCCAGGCAUCUCACAGUGAGGAUGACGAGGGUUUUGAGCUUCGCGACCGAGUGCGCCGAAUCCACGUGAAGAGAUACAGCACCUACGACGACCGUCAGCUUGGCCACUAGCGUACCAGUCAAGGAGAGAGGGUUUGGUGUCAAGGCUUGCAUCGAUGUUCUUUGAAGGGAGAUCAGAAAGCAGGGAGGGAUCAGUUGGACUCUCUGGAUUGAUCUUCAUGUGGUUUCUUAGCUCCCUAGAGAAGCAAACGGACAUUGUGCGCACAAAGCAAGACUAAAGGCCAAGGGCUUUGAGAACUAAGGUGUUGAUUUUGCACCAUGUGCUUUAAGUUCAGACUGGCCCCCUUUUCAUGCCAUGAGAGGAAUGGAAUUUGGACACCGAUUGUGACAGUUUGGUUGCGCUUUCGUAUCUAAUGACUUGCCAGUUUUCUUACUUCCUGUGAGAAGUACUGCUUUUCCUGAAUGAGGUGGCAUGGUCUGAAAAUCUUUUUCCAGAUACCUCCCCUUUUAGGGUUUUGUAUAAUGGAACUUCCAGGUUUUAAACCAAGAGACUGAAGAGGGGGUGGAGAGAACUCGAACAUGACUACUCUUAGCAAACACUACAUCUGAUGACCCCCAGAAGAAACGGUUAGCUAUCCAAGAGUCAGGUGUACUGCACAUGUGGUUUCUCCCACCGCUUUCCCUCAGUACACAUACAAAACUUUGUGUUCCAAGACAGCUGUCUUUAAAACUCAUUAAUUCUAAGGCAAGCUCUUCCAAAGAGGUAAGAGUCAAGCCAUCAAAAAACCUCCCCUUGUGAAAAAUUAGAAAACUUUGGAAAUUUAAAUAUACGUAUAAUGACUUGACUUGGGAGAUGGAGGAAUGGGUAUGGCGAAGGAAGAAACUUAAAGUAAGAAAACUCCAGGAAUAGGUUGUGGCAGGGUUGCCAUUGUUUAGGCUUGUGAUAAUGUAAUCCUGUUUAUAUAAAAAGCAGCAAUCUGGGGGAAUUAGUUUUACAUUAGUUUCCUCCUGUGGCCCAAAAGUGCUCUUUGAUGUUAAAUUUCUCGAGCAGCAGGGGAAAAAUGUCAGUGACUGGGGAAGUACAGGCUAAACAACAUUUUAUAAUGCUAGAUAAUGUUCACAUACUGAAGGGUGAAUUCAAGUUUUGUCUUGAAUCUUUUCUAGAGCAUAGAAGUUGAAGUGGAAAGGGAAGAAUAGGCAUAAAAAUCUUGUUCUAGCAUGAAACUGCAAGAGGCUUUGGACACAGGAACGAGGUGGCUUAUACUGAAUUCUAAACUGAAAUAAUCACUUCUUUUCUGAGUGCUUGGCUGGGUGCUAAUCGUAAAGGGCCUUCCAGAAGGUUGGAAUCGAGGCUGCUCAGCAAAUUGGGUCUCUGGAAACAGUUUGAAGUUUAGUAUGAAAAGUUAUUAAUGUAUUUUUAAGUGUUUGCUUGUGUUUCAGCUGUAGGUUGCAGAUUCAAAUUCUACCACUGUCAUAAACACUUACUACUUGAUGGCUGUUCACUGGCAGCUAUGGAUAUGUGACAGCAGUGGAGCGGGCUCCACACUGCUUUUGUGUUCCCAUAUUGUACAGGAGCAUGGAAGCUUUAGAUCCUGCAAUGGUUAGUCUUGAACUGCUUUGACCAAUGCCAAAUCUAUCCAUAAGUUUUAAAGCAAAUUACUGCAAAAGCCUGACAGGAAAAUAAUCCCAAAUUAAUACAGUGAAGUCAUAAGUAGAAUUAAGAUGGUAGAUGGUUUGGUAGUAAUAGAAGCAGGGGAGGGAACAAAACAAUUAUUUCUACUCAUUUGGGAUUUUGAAAAUGAAAUUGUUGAGGCUUGGAAAGAAAACACUAAUGGUCAUUUUUUGGGGGUGUUUGGUUUUGGUUUUUUUUCUCGUUAUAUUGUUUAGCAAGGCCUCUGCAUUAGGCAUUCACUUAAUUCUCCUCACAUUCAGGAAGUAGCGUUGCCACAGUAAUGCAGCACCUGCCUUUUUGUGAAAGGCCUCUUUAAAACUCUAAUAACCUCUUUUCUUUUUAUAUUGCUUUCUGUAAGUUGUUGUUUUCCAGCUGGUUUUUCUAUUGUGCUGGUGAAAAUACAGCUGCUGAAAUUAGCUUUGACAAAGAUUUUUUGGUUUUUUUUUUUUUCCUUUAAUUCAGCUUGAGUGUGAUGUGGAUUUUUUUCUUUUAAAAUUUUCCCUCCACUGAUACUACUUAAGUUACACUGUGGUGGGUGCUUUGAAGCUAGUAGCAGAGCCUGUAGUGAUAGGGUCUUUGUGCUGUACUUGAGAGCUUCAAUUUAUUCUCUUGUACUUUUUUUUUUUCAUCUUAUAACAAGUAAGACUGCCAUUUAAAAUUCAUGUGUGGCACUUCUGUUUCUUGGCAAAUGAUUUACAUUAGUUUUUUCUUGUUACUAUCAUAGUGAAGGUUAACAGAUUAAGUAAGUGAUGCUGGUAGCCUUGCAAAACUCUGUUUAAAGGAAGUUAGAAGCAGAAAAGUGUUAUCUUUGCAUUUCUUUUCUCCGGGGAGUACUGGGGUAUGGGAAUGAGUGUCGGAGGUGUGUGCUAGUCCAGAGGCUUUCGUUCCAUGGUUGAAUUCUGUACUCCUGGGAUCCGUUAAUGAAAUGGGUCCAAACUGUGAAUUAUUACGCUGUAAGAAGCACAGAAAAGCUUGUGUUUUGGUUUAGUUGGUUUUCUUUUUCCUGUCUCCCAUAGCCAACAAGUAGUAUUAAUUUCCAAUUUGAAUUUAGAUUAAAUUAAUCUUGGAAACAAACUGCGUUGAGAACCAUCUGGGUUGUGAGAAUCUUUUUAAAGGUGCAAAAUAACAUCUUGGUGUUUGGGGAAUAUCAGCAAGAACUGUAAGCAGUUAUGAAUGUUUUUAAAAUAUGUACAGAUAUCCUUUUCAUUUCACCUUCUUCUCUCAUCCCUAUUCAUUCUCCAUUCUCUACCCCCAGUUAGUACUGAUGAUAAAACAUCUGCUUUUAGAUUAAGAUAUGACUAGAACUGGAUCAAUGUUAAACAAUGUUUAGCCACUGUGGACAGACCGCUCUGUCAGUCUGUAAGCUUUACUCAGAGUAAUAAUUUAAUUGCAUAAACACUAAAGUUUUGUCUAUUUAAUAGACGUUUCAAAACCCUAGUCUUGGUGUUCUUUGUCCUGAUAAGAUUUUUCAGGAUGUGGCUGAGAGAUCCCAGUUAAAUGCCUAUGGUUGGGAUUGACCAGCACUUCUCUAGUCCCCUCCACUGGUAAACAGGUAGGAAUGGGAGAACAUCAGGAAAUCCCCUCUGUAGGUGUGUUGUGGGAAGUGUGCUAUUCGGACGUGCGCAUGGCUAAAAUGAUUGUGCUAUUAGAGAUCCCCUCCCUAGCUGGGGCUUCUGUACUUGGGUUUCUGAUAAAAUCUGGAAUGCCCCGAGUUAUUUAUCACCCAAGCGCUUACAUAAUUGGAUAAUUUACAUGAAGUGUCAGUAAGUCUAAAUGUAGACUUGGAUGGAGCCAUCACUUACACAGUUCAUGGGUUGAGCAUUUUUCUAAUACAAGUGAUAGAACACUAUAUUUUCUCUGAAAAGUCCCGCUUAUCUGGAACUGCUCCAAUACAGGAUGUUAACUGCAUGUCCUUUCCACCAAAAUCACAGCAUGUUGAUUUAUACAGUCUCAGUACUACCAGCUUCUGAUAAUUUCAAAUACUUUAGUUUUGAUGUAACACAUGCUUUGUAUUCUCAUUUCAAUCAUCCUUUACUUAAUUAAAGGCUAUAAAUUGUUUGGACAGGAACAUUCUAGACAUUCUAGAACAUAUUUUUACAACCUGGUAUAAUGGAGAAAAAGCAGCACUGAAAAUGAUAAUGCAGCUUUGGACUGCUUCUUUGUAGUAAGCUGUCCACUUCUAGAGGAAGCAAGCAGCUCUGCUUCCUAAGAGUCUUCUCUGCUGGCUUUAAAUAUGACAAAUUAUGAUCCCUAUUAAGACAAUAUAGGUUUCUAAUUAUAUGCAUUUCUCUGCAAGUUAAGAAACUUGUAAUGGCUUCCUACAUAGACCAUCACCAAUGGAUGUCUUUACUGAUGUGCUCAUGAAUUUAUAGCAGCCUUUGGGAGGAAGAAAUGCCUUUUUGCCUCAUUUGUAACGCAUGAAUUCUAACUACAUCAGCUAACGUUCAUUAGCUGCUGGAGCUCUUUUUGAAACCUUACUGUCCAUUCCUAAAUUUCCGUGAACUUUUGCACAUCCAAAUAUUAUAUUAGCAGACUGAGAGAAUGAACGGAAAACAUGAACUGACACCUAUACACAAGCACUGUAAUGAAGGGUUGUGUGCUUCUGUAAUGGGGUCCUUGCAUAUUGCAAAACAGCCUUGGUCCUUCUACAGAGAAGGAGACUUGGUGCCUUGAGUGAAUGUCUUAUGUUAAACAGCUUUUCAGUAUCAGUGUUAAUUAGGCAAUAAUGUCAAAAGAGAGAGCUCUGCAGGGUAGCAGCCUCCAACUGCUUGAUAAAUCCGAGACAAAACUGAAUGUUUAACCUUCACCUUGACAUUUAGUUUUCAGAACAGGAGACAUUUAUCCUAUCGUAACGUUCCAUUCCACUGACUUUUUCUCUUUUGCAAUUCAUGGGUAAAAUAUAAAAUAACUGACCGAGACUGGGAGGGCCUUUGAGGGGGCCAUUGCUGUGGUGUUACUGAAAAGCUGCAUUCUGCUUGGAACAGGCAAUGCUUAUUGUGGUUGUGAUUAGAUUUUUUUUUUUUUCCUCAAGGUUUUUUAACGUUCAGACACAGUUCACUCUUAGAAAUACUGAUGACGCAUACCUUAACUGAACGUGUCUGGCCCAGCAGUCCCUGUCUUACACAAUUAGAUUAUAUCCUCUGACAAUCCUUGGCAUUAAAUCUUUACAGCCAAAUUUCACACCAUCCGUUCUGUUAGGCAAACCGAGGUUUUAUUAAGAGCUGAGUGGGCGUAAGUCCUGUUUCCAACUCUGCUACUAACUCGGUGACAGCAAGUCAGUUUGUACGUGCAUAAUUUUUCCUCAUCUGUAAUAAAAUGGUGGUAAGACCCUCCCUACCUCAGAGGGAUGUUGAAGCUUAGUAUGUUCAGUAAUAGUAAAGGAUGUUGGAUUUCUGUAAUAUUUUGUAUCCAGACAAUAGCAAAUAUGAUUGCUGAUCUUGUUUAAACUGACAUUCUGUGAUCAAGCUUUUUUCUUAUAGCAUCAGGCUUUGUUUUAUUUUUAUGUCUAACUUUUAAGGGUCAGCCUUAUGGGUAAAAUACUUAGUUAAUGCAGUAACCAUAUUAGCUAUUGCUCUUUUAUCAGUGCAUUAAAUGGAAAUGGAACACUAAUUUUUAAUAAAGUGUUAUAUUUUGUCCUCUG